AAUUUUUUUUUCCCCCAAACGGUACAAACGACUAUAUAAUUUGAAGUUUUCACCACCCAAACAAUAAUCCGCACAAUCCAGCACCAGCCAAUAACUUUCUGCCUAAUCUCCACGUGUCACAUCCAAUAACCGGAGGGAGCAUCGUCUACCUCAACACCAAACCAGAGAAGCUCACAUUCGCCAUCAACCAUGAGAGCAUCACCACUCCACUCUCCCAUUCGCUGCUCUUCCACAAACCCAUCGCCGCCGCCGCCGCCGCCGCCAUCUUCCCUCUCAACCUCCACCACAACCCAAUUGGCCACAAAGCUCCCCAAGAGCCUCCUCCACAAACACCCACUCUACACCCCAACCCACCCCCACAUCUCCCUCCAGUUCAAGGAGAAGAUCCUCUGCCUCGAGAUCAUGGGCGUCGACGCGAGCCGGGCCCUCGCCCUCAACCCGUCCCUCCGCGGCGCCUCCCUCGACUCCAUCCACUCCGUCGUCUCCUUCCUCCAGUCCAAGGGCAUCCACCAGAAGGACCUGGCCCGGAUCUUCGGCAUGUGCCCCAAUCUCCUCACUGCAGACAUCGAAUCCGACCUCUGUCCCGUCUUCGGCUUCCUGUCCCGGGACCUCCGCGUCCCCGACCAUGACUUCCGGAGGCCCAUCAACAAGUGUCCGAGGCUUCUGGUCUCGAGCGUCCGAGACCAGCUCAGGCCUGCUCUGUUUUACCUCCAGAGGCUUGGCUUCAGGGACCUCCAUGCCCUGGCCUACCAGGACCCGAUCCUGCUGGUGUCCAGCGUGGAGAACACGCUGAUCCCGAAGCUCAAGCACCUGGAGAGCCUCGGGUUCUCGCGGGGCGAGGCGGUUGGGAUGGUCCGGAGGUGCCCUGCCCUGUUCACCUUCAGCAUCGAGAACAACUUCAAGCCAAAGUUCGACUACUUCUCUGUGGAGAUGGGGGGGAGGCUGGAGGAGCUGAGGGACUUCCCUCAGUACUUCGCCUUCAGCUUGGAGAAGAGGAUAAAGCCGAGGCACAUGGAAGUGGUCAAGAGUGGGGUUAGAUUGGCCUUGCCUGUGAUGCUCAAGAGCACCGAUGAGGAGUUCGGCGAGCUGAUAGGGCGGGGACUUGAUGGAGCUGGAUGAGGCUGUGGGUCCCUUCAUCUUCUUCUUUGUCUGUACA